AUGCGCUUCAUUAUCGUGACUUCGCUCCUCGCCGCUCUGGUUGCUGCCAAGAGCACCAACAAUGACUUCAACAACCCGGCUGGUGGUUACACCUUCACUGCUGGUGAUUCUACUACCGUGACCUGGGACCACAAGGCUGGCAGCACCGUUUCCCUGCGUCUGCAGUCCGGUUCUGUCACCACCGCCACCUCCGGAACUUCUAUUGCCUCCAACAUUGAUAACUCCGGCUCAUUCACCUGGACCGUGCCCACCAACCUAGUCAAGGGCAAGGAAUACACCAUUGAAAUCAUCAACGACGACAACACCGACGAAUACAACUUCCUCCCCUACUUCACCGUCGUCGGUGCCACCGGCUCGGCUUCCACUUCCACCGCCGUCCCAACCACCACCUCAGCUGAAUCCACCAGCACAACUGAGGCAUCAACUACCAGCACCACCGCCGAGGCCACCACUACCACUGAGGCUAGCACCACUACCGAUGCUGCCACUACUACCACCACUUCCAAGGUUGCCAAGACCACCGCCACAACCCUGACCAAGGCUUCCAGCUCUGCUGCCACUACCACCACUUCAUCCGAGUCCGAGUCCAGCACCACUGCUUCCAGCAGCAGCGCCAGCUCGUCUUCCGCUUCUGCCUCCUCGACCGCUGUGCCUAACGGCAACGGUGCUGGCGUCAACCGCGUUUCUGGCGCUAUGUUGGCUCUGGUUGCCGGUGCUAUUGCGAUGAUGUAA